CAGCUCAGCGGGAAGGUCAUCACAAGAGGGGAAUGCGAGGCCAAAAAUGGCGGCCACUACGCGCUCGGGAAUGUUAGAAAUUUUCACUAAAGAUGGAUGGAAACGAGUGUUAGCCACCCUCGAUGACGAUGUUUUGACUCUUAAUGUAGAAGAUAAUUCUUUAGUUAAUGGCCAACCGCCCUCACCGACUCCUCCUCGUUCACCAGAAGCGAACGACCACGUCGAACCACCGCAAACGAUCGCGGACCAAAUCCGGACUGUGCGAGUGAUAAAGCAAGAAGUUGGCGGUUUGGGGAUAAGUAUCAAAGGUGGAAAGGAAAACAAGAUGCCUAUUCUCAUAUCGAAGAUUUUCAAAGGGUUAGCUGCGGAUCAGACAGAGAGUUUGUACAUAGGGGACGCGAUUUUGGCGGUAAAUGGAGAAGACCUCCGAAACGCUACCCACGAUGAAGCGGUGAGGGCGCUGAAACGUGCAGGCAAAGAAGUUGAUUUGACUGUGAAGUAUGUGAAAGAAGUGACACCUUAUUUUCAUCGCACGGCCGAAUUGAACGCUAAUGCUGCUGCAAAUGCGAGUACGAAUGGCGAAGGUGAAGGAUCUUCGGAGGGCAAGCCAAAUUGUAUCGAAGUGAAGAAAAUACCUCUCAAGUUGUGCUUCGUGACGAGGCACGUUUCGCCCAAGAUUGAAAAUCAUGGAAGAACGUUCGAGCUUUAUAAUCCCGACGCCAGAUCAGCGUGCAUACUGCGGGGGAAAGAUACUUCAGCAACGAAUCAAUGGUUCACUGAUAUUCAUACGAAUAUUACAAGGCUCAUUGCACCAGCCAUUGAAGAAGUAAAUGACAUGCUCAGUUCCAAUGCAGGAUAUCGCGAGGUGCGUGCUAUGGGCUGGCUUAGUGAGCAAGUUCAUCUUGGCGGGGACAGUUCUCAUACGGAAUGGAAACCGGUGUUUGUUGCUUUGACAGAAAAAGACAUGUUGCUGUAUGUGGCAGCACCUUGGUCACGGGAUGAUUGGAGUGCUCCAGUAAUGAGCCAUCCACUGUUAGCAACAAGACUUGUUCAUUCAGGACAUGGUACUAACCACCUCCAGAAUGACGAUUUGACAUUUGGAACACGCACUGGAACAAGGAAAGGAGUUGAGGCACAUAUGUUCAGAGUGGAAACUCCAAGAGAAUUAGCUAACUGGUCACGCAGCCUGGUGCAGGGAGCCCAUGAUGCAGCAACACUAAUCAAAGAAAUUAACUGUGCUGUGACGUGGAGAGACCAAGAUGCACGUUUAACUGUACACUUUGAAAAUGGAUUCACUCUUACAGAUGCACGUGGGAAUGAAGGCAAUGGACGUGCUCAGGUCUUAUGGUAUUUUCCAUUUGAAAAGUUGAAGCGUUCAGCAGAUGAUGGGCAAAGAAGAUUAUGGCUGGAAUUUGGGGCAGAUGAGUCUGAUCAGGAGUUGGAUUUAGAACUGGAUCUUCAUGGCUGUCCUAAGCCUGUGGUGUUUGUUAUGCAUACCUUCCUCUCAGCAAAGACAACUCGGCUUGGGCUGUUUGCUUGAGUAAUGUGGUGAGGUUACAAACUGUGAUUUCUCAUCUUGAUACUUCCUCCUCUCAUGUAAUGACAAUAGUACUAAGAGGACUUUUAGCUACAAACAACUCAUUAAAUGUAAUUAUUGUUUUGUGUAAAAGUCAUUUCUAGUUUAGUUUGCAGCUGUUUUGUGAGGCAAUGCCAUUAAGUGCAAGUGCCAUUUUUCAUCUGAAUGAAAUUAUAUAAUUAAGUGCCAACUAGUUUUAAGCUGUACAUGUAUGUAUUUGUAGAUUGACAUUUUUUUUUGUAGACAUUAAGAAAUACUUCUAAUGUAACUAUUAACUAUUAUUAACGUUUUAAUACAUUUCUUUCAGUUUGAGUUAACUCAUUAUAAAUUACAUGUAAGUUGGUUCUUUACAAACAACGAGCAAUCUGUUUGCUUUAUUUGCGCAGAAAAUGGAAAAAGAUGUAAAAGUCUUAAACACAAAAUGCCAUGGAAAGGUAAUGCAAUCAAUAGCUGGCUGCUAUGCAUAACAAAAAACAAACAAACAGAAAUCUCAAAGGGUUUGUGGUAACGUCAGGGGUGAACAACGCAGGGAGUUACUAUUAGUAUUUGAAGACUUUUUCCUUUCUUGAAAACACACAGUUUGGGUGUUGUGUGUGCUAGAGAGAGUCCAAACCUUUUAUCCCUCAGCCAGUGGUAAAAUUAAUUGAAAAACUUUCCAGAUCAAGAUUCUUUUUCAUGACUGGUUUCAGCAUGUAGCCAAAUUGAACAACACAAGAAAGCUGUGCUGAAAAGUUAAAAUAGCAGUUAUGUUUGUCUGUAGCUAGGAAUAGGAUUAUUGUCAAUGUUGUGAUGCAGUGAAGAGGCAAAGGAUUUUGUAUUCAAGAUAUGAAAAGGCACAGAAGGAAGUCUUGAAUUAGUUUUAAUUGCUCUGAUGUUUGCUAAUUAAUUGUAUCUUAAAGACUGAGGAAACUACGCAUGAAAACGGUGCAAAUUAAAUAGACCUCACUUUGCAGGAAAGUAAAACAUAGGAAUUUUAUAUAAAUUACAUUUUGAUACCAAAGAGUGGCAUUUGUAGGAUUUUGCAAGUGGAAGCAUUGUUGUUCUUGAUGAUUUUCACUACAUUUUCACAUUGACACUGCAGUACAUAUAUAAAUUGUAUUUUUAUUAUCAUGAUGACAUAUUAUUCUCCUAGUAUAUUGUGCUUCAAUUUCUUUUUAAAAAGGUCUAGGAUUUUAGACUGGGGAGGUGAUGUUUCUUACAUUCUGAUUUUUGUGUCAUAUUAGGAGGAUGACCUUUUUUAUUUGGUAUGUAAUUGCUGUUGGUACCAUAGAUUAAGGGUUGUUACUUCUUUGUUUGAGCUUUUUGGAGUGAAAGUAUAUCAACAAUAUUAUUUGUAGAUGUUUAUGGGUUAUAGUAAAUGUGCUUGCAAAAGGAAAUUAGUUACAUCCCAUGCCUUUACAAAUGUAUAGUUUAGCAAACCAAUGAUAAUAAUUAUAUUAUUUGAGUGUAUUAGGUUUGAACUAAGCUACAGUGAAAAGCAAGGAAAAAUAGCAAAACAUGUAGUUAGUGAUUUUGUGACUUGACGCUUUUACUAUGCUGUAAUUAAUAAAAUAUGAUCGAGGAAAGCGUAAUGCUUCAAGCUUUCCUUUCAGGUGUUUUCAGGCAUUAUAUUGAUUGCAUCUUAAUUUCAAGGUAAAUGUACCUUUGUUCAUUGUAACAAUAUAUUAUCAAUCAUUAUGGUGAAAUUUAAAUUUAUAUCAGGCAUUGGUUAGCAAAGUUAGUUUAUAAAAUCUGGCAUAUCUAUGAAGACUUAAGUUUAUGAUAUCUUAUCACAGCGUGUGUCCAAGUCUGGACGAAUUGGAUGUGGGCCAAACAUUUUCAUCUCUGGCCAUCACAUUCAGUGAAUAAAUAAUGUAUUGCACAGCCCUUAUAGGAAACGGACCUGUCUACAACUUGUUUUCCUUGGUUAUAAUCUGACUUUAGCACACCUGUAGCCAUAUUCAUAAAAUUUUGAAAAUAAAUCAAAGUAUUUUUAGAAAG